AUGGCUAUCAAAUCUGUGAAAAAGGGUGCUGCCACACCAGCACCCGAAGAAUCGCAGGAAGAGCAGAGUGAAGAUGAGGAUUUCUCUGUUGAAGGAUUAAUUGACGAUGAUGAGCCUUCCGAUGACGAGGAGGUAGCUGGUGAAGUGGCAACUGAGGAGCAAGAAGAGGACUCCGAUGCCGAGCUGAACAAGCUUCUUGGCGAAGAGGCAGAGGAAGAAGACGAAGGUGAGGAGUCGGAAACUUCAUCUGUUGACUUUGAUGAGCCUGAAGAGCCAGUGUCUUUCACCGACAGACUUCAGAACUUGCACAUCCGUUCGCUAUCGCAAGGCUCUCAAGAGGAUGGAAUUAAGCUAUCCAAGUAUUCUGAUGGUACAGAGCGUAUCAUCAAGCCCGAGAUUGAGCCUGUCUACGAGUCUGAUGACAGUGAUGCUGAGAACUUCAACACCAUUGGAAACAUCCCACUUAGUGCGUACGAAGAGUUCCCUCAUAUCGGUUAUGAUAUCAACGGUAAGCGUAUCAUGCGUCCUGCAAAGGGCUCAGCUUUGGAACAGCUCCUGGAUAGUAUUGAAUUGCCAGAGGGAUGGACCGGAUUGUUGGAUUCAAACACAGGUUCCAGCUUGAACUUGACACAGGAGGAGAUUGAACUCAUCGAAAAGAUCGAGAGUAACAGAAUGACUGACGAUAGUAUCAACCCUUACGAGCCAACUAUUGAAUGGUUCACCUCGCAAACAGAAGUGAUGCCGGUUACAGCGAUUCCUGAACCAAAGAGACGUUUUGUUCCUUCGAAGCACGAGGCUAAGCGUAUCAUGAAGAUUGUGAGAGCCAUUAGAGAUGGUAGAAUCGUUCCAAAGGAGAAGACCGAAGAACAAGUGGAGGAACAAAGUUAUGAUUUAUGGGGUGACAACAGCGAUGUCGUUGCUGAUCACAUCAUGACCUUGAGGGCACCAAAGGUUGCACCACCUACCAACGAGGAAUCAUAUAACCCACCAGAGGAGUACCUCCCAACAGCAGAGGAGAUUGCACAAUGGGAAUCCACUGAUCCAAUUGAUCGUGAACGUAACUUCAUCCCUAAAAAGUUCGGCUCACUGCGUAAAGUUCCAGGUUAUGAGGAAUCCGUCAGAGAAAGAUUCGAACGUUCUUUGGAUCUGUACCUUGCACCGCGUGUUCGUCGUAACAAGUUGGAUAUCGACCCAGAAUCUCUUGUGCCUGAAUUACCAAGUCCAAAGGACCUCAGACCAUUCCCAAUCAAAUGCUCUACUGAAUACAUUGGUCAUAAGGGCAAGAUUAGAACUCUGAGUGUCGAUCCAUCUGGUCUGUGGCUAGCAACCGGAUCUGAUGACGGUACUGUAAAGAUUUGGGAGGUGUUAACAGGCAGACAAGUUUAUAGCGUACAAAUCGUGGGAACCAAAGAUGACGACGACGAAGAUAGAGUGGAGUGCGUCUCCUGGAACCCUGAUGGACAAUUGGGCUUGUUGGCCGUGUGUGCCGGUGAAAGUGUCUAUAUACUAUCUCCCCCAAUCUUUGGAUUCGACAUUGAGAACCAAGGUCGUUUGAAAUUGGAGAGUGGGUUCGGUUUCAACAAGUACGGGAACGUUAAGAAGACAGGGCUAAACGUUAACGAGGACUCAGAUGCCGAUGACGAUGAACCAGUUGUAAAGAAAGCCGAGUACGCCCAAUGGGUCAAACCAACUGAUAGGCUUGUUGGUGAAGGUGUUGUUUUGCAAAUACAAUGCCGUAAGACCGUCAAGUCCAUGUCAUGGCACAGAAAGGGUGAUUACUUCGUCACCGUGUCUCCAGAUUCUGGUAACACUGCUGUUUUGAUCCAUCAAAUCUCAAAGCAUUCUUCGCAGUCACCAUUCAAGAAAUCCAAAGGUAUCAUCUCUGAUGUCAAGUUCCAUCCAUUCCGUCCACAGAUCUUUGUCUGUUCUCAGAGAUACAUCAAGAUCUACGAUCUGUCCCAGCAAGUCCUUACGAAGAAGCUACUUCCAGGUGCUCGUUGGUUGAGCAAGAUCGACAUCCAUCCAAGAGGUGACCAUCUGAUCGCAUCAUCUUAUGAUAAGCGUGUGCUAUGGCACGAUCUGGAUACCGGUUCUACGCCAUACAAGACCCUCAGAUACCACGACAAGGCUGUCCGUCAAGUACAGUUCCACAAGUCCUUACCACUGUUCUGCUCAGCUUCCGACGACGGGUCGAUCCAUGUGUUCCACGCGACUGUUUAUGAUGAUCUCAUGACUAACCCAUUGCUUGUGCCACUGAAGAAGCUCACUGGCCAUAAGAUCAACUCCAGCCUUGGUGUCCUGGAUGCCGUCUGGCAUCCAAAGGAGGCAUGGGUCUUCAGUAGUGGCGCUGAUGGUGUUGCCAAGUUGUGGACAACGUGA